GCUCGAAAUUCGAAAUCCAAUAUAUACAAAUGAGUAAAUAAAAAGUAAUGUUUUUUUAAAUACUCCAACAUUCUGAGUUAGCCAGAAUUCUUCCUACAAUGGACUGGAAUACAAGUCGUACUUGCAUGUUUUUUGCGAUCAUGCGUCAACAGACAUAAGUUGAAGCUAUUCAACUUCAACAGAGCUGAGAAUAAUGUUUACGAAUAUCGAGUUUGAAGCUAUUUCAAAUUAGAUAAUCAUGUGAUGUGACAGGAGGAAUGUUCUUAUGAAUUUUCUUGCCAUGGAUUGAUGUAAUUGAAACUGUAGAAGUGCAUGAUGGAUGAAAAAUUAAGUGAAGUUGAUGACAAUAUUUUGGUGGAGCAAUCCUCCGUUGCAAAGACAUUGUCUGUUGGCAGAAAGGAAUCUGGUGGAGAGGAAUCAGGCAUAAGGCCAUCCAGUGUGGCAAAGAUCAGUGAAGGCAGUGACCAAGUGUAUCACGAGUCAAUCAUCGUUGACCCAGACAUACCUGUCCAUACAUUGGAACAAUCAUCACACAACAUGUCCCAACUAGACAUGGCAUCUUCAUCAAACGCUGUCACGAGAACUUCACAGUCGGAAAAUGAUGAUAUCAACCAAGCGUGGUUUACUACAAAGGAGGAUAAACUUUCUUUGCAAGGAAAAGGUGUUAAGUGGCGUCAAGGAAUGUGGUCUAAGGAAGAAGUAGAGCAUCUUCAAAAUAACAUCACGCAGUAUUGCAAGAAUCAUGGUGUCAAUGAUCCACGCGAAAUUAUAUUCAAACAAAGCAAGGAAAAACGAAAGACAUUUUAUCGCAGUAUCGCGAAAGGCAUUGAACGGCCAUUAUUUGCCGUCUAUCGUCGCGUGUUGCGUACGUACGAGUCUGGGAACUACAACGGUAAAUACACGCCGGAUGAAGUGAAGAAGUUGAAGGAGUUGAAAAGCAUGCACGGAAACGAUUGGACCGCAAUCGGUCAAGCGUUGGGUCGUAGCGCCUCGUCCGUGAAAGAUCGUUGUCGCCUGUUGAAUGACAACUGUUCAUCAGGAAAAUGGUCACAUGACGAAGAAGAACUAUUAUCUGAUGCAGUGCACGAGUCGACUUCAACUGUUCCCGGGAGUGUAACGACUGGCAUACAAUGGACGGAUGUCGCGAGGAGAGUGGGAACGAGGUCCGAGAAGCAAUGUCGUUCGAAAUGGUUGAACUAUCUAAAUUGGAAGGAAUGUGGUGGGAAAGAAUGGAGUAAAACAGAUGAAGUUGAUUUAAUUAAAAAAAUUUGCAAUUUGGGCGUUCAAAGCGAAAGUGAAAUCGACUGGGCGAAGCUGGCCGAUGGCUGGGCAAGUGCACGCUCUCCGCAGUGGCUUCGUAGUAAAUGGUGGUCGAUCAAGAAACACGUCUCUGACUCGCUGUCUUUUACUGAAAAGGUUUCAUACCUCCAUAAUCAUUAUGCCAAAAAUUUAAAAUAUCGUGUGAAUAAACAGUCUACGGGGUUAUCGAGUUUUAGUUCCACCGAACAAUCGCCAACCACUUCAAUAUCUUCGAACUCGUCGCUGGCCACCUCUGCAACGGUCUCGACAACUAUUGGGCAUGCUCUAACAGUUGACGGAGAAAUAUACAUCGCUCGUGGGGAUGGCAAGGGUUCGGACGGGAUAAGCACGUAUGAAAUGGUGCAUUUACGACCUAUUCCGAGCACAGACCCCUCGCAGCCUACUUCAUACAUAGUUGAACCUGUACAGUGCUCAGUCAAUGGAUCAGGGGCAACGUACAUUCUGCAUCAAGCCUCUCCCGAACUGAACGCAAAGUUGGCAAAGACAUCGCUUUGCAAUACUUCAGUGCGACAGACGCCUCCAGUUCAUGAUUCUAACACUUUGCAGGUAAAUCCUACCAUUCGUCGACCUGUGUGUACGCCUGUCCGGCCAGGUCUGGCGUCGAACGUGCGAGAGAAUGAUGGUAGGGUUAUCAUAGUCGAUUCACCACCACACGAGCAGACCGCUGAUGAAUUCCCAGACUCAGAUCAACCGAAUGUAUGUGGAAGAGGGGAGGAGGCUGUCUCUGAUAUCUUACAUCACAAUCAACAACUGGAAUGCGCCUCUGAAGAGGAAAUUUCAACGACAACAUCACUUGAAGAAAUCCAAGAUUGCGAGAGAUUGGAAAAAUUUGGUAAUCCAAAGAGAAGAUGUUACGGUCAUUCCCAUGAUGCCUUGGAUCAAGGCUACACAUCUCCUAUCGCACCCCAGUCUUUACACUUUACACACGCGGGCAGCAAUACUCAGUCCCAAUCCUCUAUCGACAGCAUAGCCGAGGACGGUCGUCGCACGCAGGUCAUUAUUUCCCAGCCUGCCUUGCACGAAAACAUCCUGGAUGCUCAUGGUGACGAGCCCGAGUUUUUGCAGUCGACGGAGAUAAGUGUGUCCAGUCCCCUACGGGAUGAGCCCGCGGAUAGCUUAAUGAUGGACGGUGGAAUUUCUUAUUUUACGAAAGAUAUGGAAUAUCAUUGAAGUGCUUAUUUUGUAAAAGGAUGAAGUUGUAUCAGUGAUCCUACAAUCUUAAUUGUACAGAUGUAUUGUCUGACGGUCAGCAGUAGUGAAGCCAGCCCGUUUUUUACUCCCACAGCGCAAAUAUUUUUGUGUUUAAUCAUUGAAACCACAAUGAAUGGAUUAAUUUUCUAAAGAAAUGAAUUGUAAUUUUGCUUGAAAAUUUGCACCGCAACGAAAAGCUCUUGUAGCUUUAAGUUCCGACUGUGAAACGCGAAGUCGAAUGAAGCAGAAUUAAUCAGAGAUAACUGUUGUCAAGCAUGUAAUGUUAUCAAUGACCGUAAUCUUUGAUGUUCAAUUAAGAGUCAAGGAAUAAUGAAUCGGGAACGUGUCAAAUACCUCGUUAGUCAGCUGUAGAAUACCUUAAAUACAAAAUAUGCAUUUCCUUGUAUGA